AUGCCUAGCAUGUGGUUGACGGAGAACCAGAGUGGCCUGUUCCUGGUCGGUGGUGUCAUUAUGUUCUUUGACCGGUCAUUACUCGCUAUGGGCAACAUACUCUUCCUGAUCGGCCUCACCCUUAUUAUUGGCGUCCAAAAGACCAUGGUCUUCUUCACUCGUCCCCAGAAACUCAAGGGCACCGCCGCAUUCACCGUCGGAAUUCUCCUCAUCCUAUUCCGCUGGCCGCUGACGGGCUUCCUGAUCGAGCUGUACGGCCUGUUCAUCCUCUUCGGCGAUUUCCUGGUCACCAUUGGUCAAUUCGCAGGCAACAUCCCUGUCGUCGGACCUUAUAUCAGGCGCGGCCUUGAGGUACUGGCUGGUGGUCGCAGCAACGCCGAGUUGCCGGUAUGA